AUGCUCUCUCAAAUCAUCUUAGACCAUAUAAUCCUGAAUUGGGCAUAUGGAAAAGCGAGUGCACCACAUGCAGACCAAAGACCCAAAAAGGAUUUUGGCCGGUGGUAGGCUUUUGGGAAAGUUAGGUUGAUCGGGUGUCUUCAUUCAAGCUAUGGUGCGGAGGAAGAACGAAAGGAAGUGAGAGGUAGGGGCGGGGAAAACUGUCGAGUCGAGCAAGCUUGAUAGGAGAGGCAAAACAAAAGAAGGAUUUGGCCAAAACGAAGGCAAUGCUUUGGAUAGCAUGACUGAUCACCAUCAAAACAAAAUAAUCUUUCUAAAUCACUUCCGAUCAAGGCCUUCAAGCAACUGAAAGAUGCUGGUUAUUUUUUCGUGCAAUACUUUCCGAAGAAAAAUAACAAAAUGCAUUUCGACCCCAUCGUAUUUAUCAAUCAUUUCGUGGCUCCGGGUGCGGCUGAACCAUCUAUGAUUGGGGGAGCGAAGGAAUAAGGAGAAAGUUUGGAUAAGAGAAUACGUUCUUGCAUCGUUCUUUUUGUAGAAAGCUCAACCCGCAAUCAAAAGACUUUGGCCGAAGCCAAAAAAAUGCUGACCUACUUCAUUCACCAAGUGAAUGAUCUUCACUUCGUGAGAACAACAUAAACCACCUCCUCUCUCUUUCCUUUCUUCGGUGCAACCUUUAUCUUUCCAAGGGAUGGGGUUGGGGUGUCUAAUAACCUAAUUGAGGAUGCACGUGAACAACUCCUGGGUCAAUUAAAGAUCAAAUUAAGGAACCUCAUGGAUAAGGAAAAGGUAAUGAAAUUGAUAGAGAAAUUCAUAGACCUAGGUUGAAUAGGAGAAUUGCUAAAGGGAAUAGAGAUGUUGAUAGGGAUCAUACUGAGAAACAUAAGAAUUCCAUACGGAUACAAUUCUUAUUUGAACGAAGUGCAAAAAAUGAACGUUGUUUCUAAUAGAACAAACACUAAUACCUUAAUAGAGUCGGUCAAGAUCAAAUCUGUUUAUCAAAGUGCUUCUCCGCUUGCUCAAGACAUCUCUUUUCAACCAAGGAACAAAACAUGAUCAUGUUCCAUUUUUAGUCAAAUAGUGAAGGAUGUUCGAUUAGUAAUGCCCAAAGGGGUGGAGGAGAUCUAUAACCUCUUCUUCCCUCCACAAGUCUAUUCUUAUGGGUCUUCCUCUUGA